AUGCCCGAGUCUGCAAAAGAUGGAAAAACGAAGGACCUAGACGAAAACCCCGGCAAUAUCUUGCCGCUCCGCAUGAUGAGCAAGGUAGCGCGUGGAUUCGGGCGAGGAUCUUCCGAUCUGGGGAUUCCGACCGCCAAUCUGGAUCGUGACGCGCUUCAAGUGGCACGGCCUAAAAACGCCGGAGGUAUCCUUCAUGAUGACAUUCCGUCUUUUGAUGGUCUUCCUUGUGGAAUCUACUGGGGAUUUGCGCGAGUAGGUGAAAACCCUAAGUUUGUGGGGAAAGAAGCAGAAGGCGGGUCCUCGUUCUCUGGUGUUUACGCCGCUGCCGUAUCCAUAGGAUACAACCCAACCUACAAUAAUGAGACAAAGACGAUUGAACCACAUUUUAUUGCUCCAUCAUCAGACCCGCGUCGACGGAUUUCUACGACCGCCCGAUUCGACUUUCCGUGGUAG